UUAUUUUCUUUCUUUUGAAUUGCUAAAAACAAAUGUGCCUGCCUGGUGGUUGUGUGUGCUUGCAGAAAACAUUGCUUUCUUUCGUUGUUACUGAAUUCUGCCCUUUGAGGGGAUUGGCUUGAAAGCAGUAGGAAUUGGCAAAGAACUGGCUUGAAAGGAACUGAAAACAGGCUCGGCUUUCCGUAUUCAGUUGUCUCCUGGGCUGCUGCUGUUUUGCAAAUUGGUGAAAUGUGGCUUCUGACAUGUUAAGUUUUCAGAAUUGCAGCUUCCAUUGUGAAGAAUUUUAGAAGUCCCUGCUUCUGAGGCUUUGCUGUUGUCAAGUAAGACAUCAUGGUGUAUGGCAAGCUAACUUCCCCUAAAUCUUGGAAGACAGAGGGAAUCUGGGUGAUAAUGCCAGCAUAUACUCAUCUUUUCAGUGAUUAAAAUGAGGAAACACUUGAAAUACCCAUAGUUUCACCCAAGGUUAGUCCAAGACAUUUUAGCACCUGAAUUGAACAACAAAAUGGCACCCCCCGCUGCCAGGGAAAAGGGUACUUGAAGAUCUGCACUGGAAACAAAAUCAACCUCACCCAAUGGUUGAACUGGGAAUCAAGGUUUGGGGGGGGGAGCUAUGAAUCAUGCAGGGCUAAAAGUCACUAAAAGUCAGUAUGGAUUUCUGAAAAAUAAGUCAUGUCAGACUAAUCUGAUCUCAUUUUUUGACAGAAUUACAAGCCUGGUAGAUGAAGGGAAUGCUGUGGAUAUAGCCUAUAUUGAUUUCAGCAAGGCCUUUGACAAGGAGAGAAUUUAAGCCCCCCACCAUGCGUGUUGCUGUGAUUGGAGCCGGCAUCAUUGGAUUGUCCACAGCCCUCUGCAUCCAUGACCGAUACCACUCGAUAGAGCAGCCCCUGGAAAUAGAGAUCUACGCUGACCAGUUUACGCCUCACACCACCAGCGAUGGGGCGGCAGGUCUUUGGCAGCCAUAUCUCUACGACAAGGGAAACACUCAAGAAACACUCUGGAAUAAAGAGACUUUUGAUUAUCUUCUUCAACACAUUAAUUCGCCAGAAGCUGAGGAGAUGGGAUUGUUUCUGCUCUCUGGAUACAAUCUCUUUACACAGCCAGUUCCCGACCCAUCAUGGAAGAAUAUCGUUUUGGGUUUUAGGACCUUGUCACAGAAAGAGCUUGAGCUCUUCCCUGGCUACAGUUAUGGUUGGUUCAACACGGCUCUGAUGCUGGAGGGCAAACGAUAUCUACCCUGGCUUACAAAGAGGUUAAAGCUGCAGAGCAUCAAGUUCUUUCAUCGGAAAAUUGAGUCCUUCCAGGAGUUGAUGGCUGAAGGCGUGGACAUCAUAAUCAACUGCACAGGGGUUCGUGCUGGGGAGCUACAACCUGACCCUGAGUUGUGCCCGGGCCGGGGGCAAGUCAUCAAGGUCGAGGCCCCCUGGGUGAAGCAUUUCAUCAUCACCCAUGAUGUUGAGACUGCUGAGAUCUAUAACACACCUUACAUCAUACCUGGGAGCAACGCAGUGACCUUGGGAGGAAUAUUUCAGCUGGGAAACUGGAGUCAAGAGAACAGCCCCCAGGACCACCAGCGCAUUUGGCAAGGGUGCUGUAAGUUGCUGCCUAGCCUCCAGAAAGCCAAAAUCAUCCAUGAAUGGAGCGGUCAUCGUCCCGUACGGCCAAGAGUCCGAAUAGAACACCAGGCUGUUUGCCAUGGGAUGUUACAAUCAGAGGUGAUCCACAACUAUGGCCAUGGCGGUUUUGGGCUCACCAUCCACUGGGGUUGUGCCAUGGAGGUAGCCCAUUUGUUUGGGAAGAUUUUAGAAGACCAGAGGUUGGCCAAGCCACCUCAUGCCAACCUGUGAGCACAUGGCAACAGUUCAGGCCACUUCGCUGACCUUUACUUGCAGGAUGGAUCUGACUUUGCAGGAUUAAGGAGCCUAGUUUUUAACUGUUUUCAUAUAUUGUUUUGCUUUGUUUUUCUUAUAUUGCUUUGUUCUUCUUGUAAACUUCUUGGAGUCCCCCCACCCCCUUACAGUCAAUUGGUAUAUAAAUUAUAUGAAAUAAAGAAAUAAUACUCUUAAAGAGUAUUCAAGGAUGCAAACUAAAGGUAUGAUCCUGUCUAACUAUUAAGACAAUUUCUGCCAAAAUAAAGGCAGCAUCCCUCACGCUUUUACUAUGCUGGUAUUGGAUGUCUGUUAGACUGUUGCACAUCCUGAAAGAUUGUUGUUGUUUAGUCGUUUAGUCGUGUCUGACUCUUUGUGACCCCAUGGACCAGAACAUGCCAGGCACUCCUGUCUUCCACUGCCUUCUGCAGUUUGGUCAAACUCAUGUUCGUAGCUUUGAGAACACUGUCCAACCAUCUCAUCCUCUGUCCCCUUCUCCUUGUGCCCUCAAUCUUUCCCAACAUCAGGGUCUUUUCCAGGGAGUCUUCUCUUCUCAUGAAGUGGCCAAAGUAUUGGAGCGUCAGCUUCAGGAUCUGUCCUUCCACUCAGGGCUGAUUUCCUUCAGAAUGGAUAGGUUUCAUCUUCUUGUAGUCCAUGGGACUCUCAAGAGUCUCCCAAUGCUGUAUAGCCUAAGGUCACAAGCACACCUUCUUUCAUAUGUAAUGGGAGUGUCAAAUAUUAACAGCUUAUUAGUGGUUUAUAUUCACAGCCCUUUCUGCAAUAAGAAACCUGUCUUUAACCCCAGACAUGAUAGUAGCUCUCCUGGCCAUUGACAGUGACUUAAAUCCCACCCUUGUUCACAAUGUGCUGCUAAGACUGUUCUUUGCAAUAGCCAGACUCAACAUUGCCAAACAUGGGAAAUGUGCAGCAGGUCUCUCUAGGGUUUUGAGAGGGUACAGGACAUUGCCUUGUCUGAGCA